GAGCUUCCGCCCCGUUGCGUAGCAGCAGUGGGCGUGGCUAAGGGCUAACCCGAGACAGCGAGGAGUGGUCGGAACCUUCUUCCCCAUCCUUACCUUCCCCUUCCCCUACGGGGAAAGGCUGAGACCGGGCACACAGUGUGCUACGCGGCCGCCGUGUCCUCAGCUGCAGCCAGGCCCCGCGUCCGGAGAAACCAGGCUGCGUUCCGGGUGAGCGUUCCUGAUUGUGACAUCACACCCACCUCUGGGCCAUGAGACUUGUCACUAGGAAGAAAGACUCAGUUGGAGAAUAGCCAACAAGAUGGGAUACUCAGAGCAUCUCCUGAGCGGCACUGAGCGGAGGCACCAGGGGGUUGGAACCUUGUGAACAGGGAACCUGCCCCCACCACUUAAAAGGACCUGGGUUUCAGUGAUGAGACAUGGGGUAUGAUGUGACCCGUUUCCAGGGGGACGUUGACGAGGACCUUAUCUGCCCUAUUUGCAGUGGAGUCUUGGAGGAGCCAGUGCAGGCGCCUCAUUGUGAGCAUGCCUUCUGCAACGCCUGCAUCACCCAAUGGUUCUCUCAGCAGCAGACGUGUCCGGUAGACCGUAGCGUUGUCACGGUUGCCCACCUGCGCCCAGUACCUCGGAUCAUGCGGAACAUGUUGUCAAAGCUACAGAUUGCCUGUGACAACGCUGUGUUUGGCUGCAGUGCUGUUGUCAGGCUUGACAACCUCAUGUCCCACCUCAGUGACUGUGAGCACAACCCGAAGCGGCCUGUGACCUGUGAGCAGGGCUGUGGCCUGGAGAUGCCCAAAGAUGAACUGCCAAACCACAAUUGCAUUAAGCACCUGCGCUCCGUGGUCCAGCAGCAGCAGUCGCGCAUUGCAGAGCUGGAGAAGACCUCGGCUGAACACAAGCACCAGCUGGCAGAGCAGAAGCGAGACAUUCAGCUGCUGAAGGCGUAUAUGCGAGCCAUCCGCAGUGUCAACCCCAACCUUCAGAACCUGGAGGAGACAAUCGAAUACAAUGAGAUCCUCGAGUGGGUGAACUCCCUGCAGCCGGCAAGGGUGACCCGCUGGGGGGGCAUGAUCUCCACUCCUGAUGCUGUGCUCCAGGCUGUCAUCAAGCGCUCCCUCGUGGAAAGUGGCUGCCCGGCCUCCAUCGUCAACGAGCUGAUUGAAAAUGCCCAUGAACGCAGCUGGCCCCAGGGUCUGGCCACACUAGAGACAAGACAGAUGAACCGGCGCUACUAUGAGAACUACGUGGCCAAGCGCAUCCCUGGCAAGCAGGCUGUAGUGGUGAUGGCCUGUGAGAACCAGCACAUGGGGGACGACAUGGUGCAGGAGCCAGGGCUCGUCAUGAUAUUUGCGCAUGGUGUGGAGGAGAUAUAAGAGCGUAACUGGCUGUCAGGAAGAGGUAGAGUUGGAAAACCCAUUGCUCCAGCAGCUGAGCCCUGACUUCUCCCACAGCCCUUAUGCCGCGGCUUGUACCUGAGCCACGUACUCCCUGCUUCUGGCAUGAAGGACUUUGGGGCACUUAGCUCAGCCUUUCAGCGGAGAACCCAGAUUCCUGCCUUUUGCUAUAUUCUUUCCCCCACAAUGUCUGUAAAUUUUCAGUCAGGGUGGAGAAAUCCCCACUUCUGUAUUUUCCUGACUAAGAUCCCCUGGUUCCCAAAUAUUUUCAGAAAGCACAAAGAAAUUUGUUUUCCCUAGAGGAUCAGGGUAGAGUGAGGCAUUUCUAAUUGUCUAUCUCUUCCAAAACCAGGGAGUCCCAGCAGGCAGGAGUCCCAGCAGGCAGGCUUGCUGAAGUCACGCAGCAUUGAGAGCUGCUCUGAGGAGCCAGCACCUGGCAGAAGGGCUGAGGGUGUGGCCCAAACCCUCUAACCAGUGAGGCCAAAGCCUGGUCCUCACGCGCAUCCCUGUCCAGGCCGCUGUGAAGGUGCAGGCCUUGAUGGGUGCGCAGGGUGGCCCCUGUGAGGGUGCACAGGGUGGGUUGUUGAAAUGUUGCUGAACUCUUUCCUACACGUUUCAUAAUUAGGAAGGGAAGGAAGGGGUGGGCGUGAGAGCACUGGUGUUCGUACACUCAGCAGGAAGCUGCUGUCUGGCUCUGCUGAUCCAGAACGGCACUGCCUCAAGAGGGUGUCUGUGUUGCCUCGGUGGCCCCUCUUCAGCCCUGUGAUUGCAGUUAGCUUGAUUUCCUUUGGUGUUGUUUGUUUAUAUUUCCAAGUCACAAACCCCAUCUGUUACCCAGUCUUGUUUUCAUAGGAUGGACUGGCUGUGUCUCUCUGAUCUAGCCCAGCCACAUUGUUGGCAAUUUAAUUUAUUUACUUUUUUUUUUUUUAAGAAAGGAGAAAAGAAAAAACAUCAAGAAAACUUAAAACCUUUCUUAUGCCCUUUCUUUGGCUGUUCCUAUUGUGGGAUUUGGGUAGGGUGGGGCUGGUAAGGUCUGUUUCAUGUGUUUCCUUUUCAGCAUGAGCUCUGGUCUGAUACCUGCUCUGACCCUCCCCUCCAUCACCCUGCAGGAGCUUUGGCUGUGGCAGUCCAGCGUUGAUGCCUGUGACCCAUGAAGAAAUUUGUUCCCUGCCCCUUUAGGUCUCCUUGUGAAACCCUAGAAUUAACUGGCUGGCACAUGUGUUUUGAAGGUGACUCUUCCAUGUUUCCUGAGGAAACUUCCUGUUUAUCUGGGUUCUAACCUUCACCAGCCAAGUGGGAUAUAAAUCAGAUGUCUCCAAAGCCAGGCUGACUACACUGGCUCAGUCAAGUCCACCCAAGGACUUGGGGUCCAUUCAAGGCUCUCUGGGUGGCUGCUGGGUCCCCCAUGGUGGCUAGUAGAGUGAGCAAGGAGAAAGAGUGGUGUGAUUAUUUUAAAAGCGUAGGUGGGAGUGUGAUUGGAGAGGUCAGAGGGCCCCCCUUCACCAUACUCUAGCUUCUCUCUGGGAGUUCCACUUCAGGCUAGCCUGCUGUUGGUCUCACUGGUUGAGUCGUGUGCCUCCUGUGGGGUUGGGAUAGAAGGAUAUAGCUUGAGGACCGUAAGAAAAAGUUGGGUGUUCCAGCUCCAGGACAUUGUGCUCAGGAGUUUGAAAAAGGCUGCUAUACUCAGUCGGGUUACUGGGUUUCUUGUUCCUCUUUGUGCCUGCCUGCCUUGCCCAAGCUCACUCUGUCUAUUCCUUACUCUGAGAUGAAUGAUGGAGGAGGCUGAAGUUUGCUUGCCCUUUGCACCAGUAUCUGCAGCUCUUCCAUUGUGCUGUGUGCUGUACAUGGUGUUCACUGCACUAAUAAAUCUCUCACUCAACUCUAAAUUCUUAGUCACCCCCCUUAUGAAGGAUUCUUCCUAGCUUGGUAAUGCACCUUCCACUGACCUCUGCCUUGAGAGACCGUCUGUCUGGAAACUGCAUACACUUCACACGCUUCACGUUCUGUGCUCUACUGCUCUCGUAAGCCUAACUGCAUUCUCUUCAGAGUGUCCCUUUAGCCGGAAUUCUGUUUUCCUAAAUGUCCUGCAUUCGGAGGAUGCUACCGAAGACUUUAGCACCUCUUUCCAGCGAGUGGGGAGCUUCUGCCCUCUAGGGGCUCCUGAUAUUAAUGUAGGGAGGAAACCUGAAACAGCUCUCCUGCUGUUCAGACCUUGACAAGGACUUUCCUGGCUAGGGAGAUGGCUAGGGAGAGGUAAGAGCUCUAACUGCACGUGAGGAUGUGAGUUCAAAUUCCCAGCACCUGCAUAAAAAGCUGAGCAUGGUCAAGAGAUAACUCCCUCGUUGUGUGGGGCAGAGGUAGAGGGCUUACUGGAGCUUGCUGGUCCCUAUUUGAGCUCCAAGUUCAGUGACUGACAGUGUCUCAAAGAAUGAAGCCAGGUAUGGUGGAACAUGCCUUUAAUCCCAGUACUUUGGAGCCAGCAGACAGAUCUCAGUGAGGGGCCUGCAAGUUUAAAGGAAUAUGGCAUAGUAAUAAAACAGGACACCCAACAUCCUCUUCCAAACACCUUGAAAGCAUGAGUAUGCACAAUGCACAUACAUGUCCACCAUGCUCACACAUUUUUGCUGAACACUUUUUGUUACUAUCUUAUUCCUCCUAUGAGAAACCAUGUGUGUGUGUGUGUGUGUGUGUGCAUGUGUGACUUAAGAUAUUUAUGUAUAUUAAUGUUUUGCCUGUAUUUCUGUCUGUGUGCCACAUGUAUGUCUGUUGCCCACAGAGUCUAGAAAAGAGCACUGGGUCUCCUAGAACUGGAGUCACAGAAGGUUGUGAGCCACCAUGUCGAGUUUGAAACUAGGUGCUAUAGAGCAGCCAGUGCUCUUAACCACUGAGCCAGCUCCCAACUGUAUGUUGAAUUUGUUGACCUUUAUCGUGCACCGAAUGUAAAUAUAAUGGAACUCUCCUGACACUUAAGUUGAGGGAAAGGACA